GUUGGUACUUUUCGCAAAGCUCAGUUUAAAUUGAAGCGUUUCGCGUUGAAAAUGGCACAUUAACGAUCUUUUAAAUAACCAGAGGACAUUUUAGUCAUGCUAUCUUUCGCCCUAAAUACAGUUAACAUCGAUAAUAGUUACCAAAUUAACGUUUAAUGGCAUUAUUACACACGAGUUAGCCUCAUGGUUCACUCCUCGACGUAAACAGCCCCGUUUUCAUGUCAGAUUUGAGCAGCUAAGGUGGAGCGAAGCGUCCGCAGAAAGUGAGACGUGUAGUGGGGAUUUGGAGCACCGGGACAGAGGGUCAGGGAUGAAGCCAAAUCCAACGAAGCGGCUCCGGACAGCGGAAGAAGACGGAGAUGUGAGAGAGACAGGAAGAGGAGACCAUGGGGAGGAGGAGAGGAGGAAGACAGUGGAUGUGAGCAUUAUCAUGCCAGUGCACAAUGCCUCAUGUUGGCUGAAGGAGUGUCUGCAGGCCAUAUUACAACAAGACUUUGCUGGCUCCAUGGAGCUCUCAGUGUUUGAUGAUGCAAGCACAGAUGACUCGAGGAAAGUGCUGGAGGGUUGGAGGGAGAGGAUGGAGGACCGGGGAAUCUCAGUGGUGAUUUCUGGUCACAAUUCUUCCCAACCAGGAGGAGUGGGUUUUGCAAAGAACAAGGCAGUGACUCAGAGUAGUGGACAGUACUUGUGCUUUCAGGAUGCGGAUGACAUUAUGUUUCCCCAGAGAGUUCGUCUCCAGUAUGAAACCUCUCUUUGCAAUGCAACCUGUCUGAUUGGCUGCAGAGUCCAGAGGCUGCCGGAGGGAUCUACAGAGCGCUACACCCGCUGGAUCAACUCACUGACUCAGGAUCAGCUCAUCACUCAGGCAUACACCUCCCACGGGCCCACGGUUGUCAUGCCAACAUGGUUCUGCUCAAGGAAAUUGUUCCUGAAAGUCGGAUUGUUUGACGAAGGAGGCAAGGGAGUCCCGGAGGAUCUGCUCUUCUUCUACCAGCUUCUUCGUCAAGGAAGCCGUCCCUUCAGGGUCGACCAGGGCCUGCUGGUUUAUCGUUACCAUGAGAGGGCUGCUACUCAUUCUGUGACAGAAGAGACUAUCUGGAAGCUGCGAGUAGACUUUCUGCAGGAGAGAGUUCUCAGCCAGUGGGAAAACUUCACAAUAUGGAAUGCUGGGAAACAAGGGAGGAAGCUAUACCGAUGCCUGAGCCUGACCAAUCAGAAGAAAGUCAAAGCGUUCUGUGAUGUGGAUGAAAACAAAAUUCAGAAGAGUUUCUACACAUAUGAGGAAUCCAAGCAAAGACCAAAGCCUACAGUCCCCAUCCUGCACUACAAAGAGGCCACGGGCCCCUUCAUUAUCUGUGUUAAACUGGACAUGACAGGAGGAGUUCUGGAGGAAAACCUCAACUCUUUGCAGCUGAAGGAAGGAACAGAUUACUUCCAUUUCAACUGACAGCUCAGAGUGAUGCAGAAGACCACAGGAGUCCUGCAGGUUAAACAGACAGAGGAAUGCAGAGGGCUGAUUUAUGAAAACAUAAACACAAACUCAGUGAUAGACUGUUUAUAACCAGGGGGUAAAGUGAAAGCUGCAGCAGAUUAAAGGACACAAGCAAAAAGAGGAAAGAAGAAGUUUAUAUUGUAUUUAAAGUAUUAAAGUGACCUUUUACUGUGUAAAAAGAUGCAGAAUUUUAAGCUGCUUUUGUCUCUUUCUGUGAAGUUUUUACAAUAAACUCCUUGUUUUUUAGGGAAGUACA